GCGAAUCUCAGAAUAAGAAUGAAGAUUGCUACUGGAAGUCUUUCGGGAGUUUAUCUGGAAGUUUGUAUUCUCCUGUAGGUUCUCCGAGAUGGAAAAACAGGACAAGAGCGCCAACAGAGCGGAAGAUCAUCCGACUAUUCCUCAGACAGACAAACACAAAGGUCGACGCUCAGGGAAAGUGAAGAAAGCGGGUAAAAGAUCUAAAAAGGGCGUCCAGGAUCUCGCAGAGGGCGCGCUGGCCGAAUACUCGCAGCUCAUGGACGCUCUGGGGUCAAAGGUCAGCGAUGGGUCAGAGGUCACAGCAGCCGAAGAGGAGGAUGUGUGCGGGCCGUUCCUCGACCAGCUGCUCGAAAACACGACUGAGGCUGGUUUCGACAUGGACUACAUCAGCUCUCUGCUCUCCUCAGACGAUUCCCAGGACACACUUUCCAGUAUGAUUCCCGAGCCAGUCGCUGGGUGCUCGGAUUGGACUCGCACAGCGGUUUCUGGAGCCCCGUCUGCUGUCCAACAUGAUUUCAGCUCCUCUGAAGCCACAAACCACACGAUGGAGAACGUAUUAGUGCCAUUUCGGGAUAAUAUCAAUGGCCAAAAUGUGUUUCGAACAUCAACUCAACCUCUGCUAGCGAAUCCCGCGGCCCAAAGUUCCCAAACGGAUCCAAAUGCUUCCGUCCAAGAAACUGCUCAUCCUGAUCUUCAAGACUUUGGUCUAGAAGCUGAUGGAAACCAAAAAGACGAGGCUUUGUAUGUUUCUGAACUCGACUGCGCACCUCAAUCCAACGGUCUUCAGAACUACAAUUCCCAUCAUGCAACAUUCCCUCGUGCCAUAAAACAUGACCCAGAAGCACCAAAACCCCCGGUGGAUGAUAGAGUGGAGCACCGCGGAGAGAAAAACAUGGAAGUUGGGCAAAAAACACAGAAAUACAUUGCCCAACAAAACUGA